GAAGUGUGAGGGGUGUUCCCGAUUUUUUCUCCCCUCCCGAUGAUCUCAUAACAAAGUAGACGGAAGCGAGAUCCUCAGUUACACGUUAUAUCGCCUUGGAAAUACACCCGUAAGAACUGCCAUCUCGUUUCAAACGAGUGGCAGGGAGGAAGGUGGGUAAGUAGAGGGAGCUUGACAAGCAAACGCAAAAUACAAAACGACAACCGACGGUCCGCGCACGGGGGAAUCUCCAACCCCCAGUUCCCUCCCUCCGUCCCUCCCUCAGUCUUUCCCAGUCGCAGAAGGGUGGAUUUUAUUUUAAAGCAGGACUGACAUGAACUUAGUGUGGGGAUGGCAUCCGUUAAGAGCAAGACAAGUGCUGGAGCUGAACCCGAGGAGGAGAAUGGAGAUUUGGACCAAUCUUUGCAUCAGAUGCUCAAAGCGAUAGCGGAUGAGAAGAACAGGCUGAGUAUCAGACAUGAGAUCAGUGGAUUAGGGAGUUUUGAGGACGACCGGAUAGUGUUCUGGACCUGGAUGUUCUCCACCUAUUUCAUGGAGAGAUGGGCCCCCCGACAGGACGACAUGCUCUUCUACGUGCGGAGAAAGCUCUCCUACGUCAGUGAGGACGACGUGGAGGACAAAAAGCAGGUUGAAGUUGAGGUUUAUCGGAGGGAUUCCAAAAAGCUUCCUGGACUGGGAGACCCAGACAUCGACUGGGAGGACAGCGUCUACCUGAACCUCAUUCUGCAGAAGCUGGAUUAUGUUGUCACGUGUGCCGUGUGCACGAGGUCGGACGGAGGGGACAUCCAUAUUCACAAAAAGAAGUCGCAGCAAGUAUUCGCCUCGCCCAGUAAGAACCCCAUGGACAGCAAGGGCGAGGAGUCCAAAAUGAGCUUCCCAAACAUAUUCUUCAUGAUCGACAGCUUUGAGGAGGUGUUCGGAGACAUGACUGUGGGAGAGGGUGAGAUGGUCUGUGUGGAGCUGGUGGCCAGUGAUAAGAACAACACCUUCCAGGGGGUCAUCUUCCAGGGGUCCAUCCGAUACGAAGCUCUGAAGAAGGUCUAUGACAACCGGGUUAGCGUAGCAGCGAAAAUGGCUCAGCGGAUGUCCUUCGGGUUUUACAAGUACAACAACAUGGAGUUUGUGCGCAUGAAGGGGCCCCAGGGGAAGGGCCACGCGGAGAUGGCAGUGAGUCGAGUGCCGACCGGCGACACGUCUCCCUACGGCACUGAGGAGGACUCGGACUCUCCUGUACAAGAGCAGGUGACUUCCUUCAGUACCCCUCCCACUCCGGAGAGGAACAACCGGCCGUCCUUCUUCUCUCCGUCCCUGAGACGCAAGAUUCCCCGCAACAGGAUCGCUGAGAUGAAGAAAUCCCACUCCGCCAACGAUAGCGAGGAGUUCUUCAGAGAAAACGAAGACAGCGGAGAUCUCCACAACGCCACUAACCUGCGGUCGCGCUCUCUGUCAGGCACGCGCCGCUCUCUGGUGGGCUCCUGGCUGAAGCUCAACAGGAUGGAGGAGUACUUCCUGCUCUUUGCACACCUCACGUAUGUCACGCUGCCUCUGCAUCGCAUCACAGCAGAUAUUCUAGAAGUGCGACAGAAACCGAUCUUGAUGAUCUAGCAAAAGAGAAGGCCCUGCAUUGGAACCUCACUGCCAAGUGCCUCCCAGAGACAAACAACACUACCACCUAGUGUCUGGAAAGAGAACUACAAAGAGAAAGAACAAAAAAAAAAAACCAGCCAAAUCAAAAAGUGCCUCUUUCUUCCUUCUUCAGUCCCGCGUCCCGAAGGGUGUGCAAACGAGAGAUGCUUUCUCUCCGGGCUCAGAAGAGGUCUUCUUCUUGGAGGAGGCAGCUUCAGAAAUCAAAAGUAUAAGGCUUUACGAACAACAUGAAACCGUGUUUACUUGAUUCAAUAUACUGAACAGUAUGUGCUAAACUAUAUCUAUAUGUAAGCGAAAGAGAAUGUGUUCAGGAUUUAAAGAAGAGCCAGAUGGAAUGCCUUCUAUGUUAAUAGAGGGUUUACAGACUGGCCCUGAACUCAUCAAGGGUUCUGCUGCUGUGGCAGAAUCUCGGCUUUUAAUAAGUCUCGUGUUUGUUUUUUCCAUUUCCUCAUGUGUUUGUAAGAUGUGGUGAAAGGGGAGGCCAGUUCAAACCCUCUCGUGUAUGAAGAGUAUGGUAAAGGUCUUCAGGUCCUUUGCUUGUCCUGUGAGAGGGAAUUGAUACAAAAAGUGAACCUUCCAGAAUGACUUGGCUCCCAUUUCUUGUUAUGUAUAAUCUGAAUUUACAAUUGAAAGGCAGAGUAUAAAAGUUGGGUAUUAAAACCGGCAGGGACAUUGGUUUUUUUUUUUUUUUCUUUCUUACCGGCCAGACGA